GGAUAGGGUUUGCUCUCACCACACCAUUUCCACAAGCCUCUCCUCACCUAUAUCAUUAACUCUUCACUCUUCACUCAACCCUCAAUCUCAUUAAUCAGUGUCCAUCUACCUUACCUACCAAGCUCUCUCAACAUAAUGGCAGCCACCUUAUCAGGCACCAUGGUCAGCACCUCCUUCCUCCGCCGCCACCGCCCCGUGGCCACCAGCCUCAAGUCCAACGUGGGCCAGGCCCUCUUCGGCCUCAAGUCCUCCAACAUGCAAGGCGGCAGAAUCACAUGCAUGGCCACCUACAAGGUCACUCUCCGGACCCCUGAUGGUGAGGUCGAGUUCGAGUGUCCUGAUGAUGUCUACGUUCUCGACCAGGCUGAGGAGCAAGGAAUCGAUAUUCCUUACUCGUGCAGGGCGGGCUCGUGCUCGUCCUGCGCGGGGAAAGUGGUGUCUGGCUCGAUUGAUCAGAGUGAUCAGAGCUUUCUUGAUGAUGAGCAGAUGGAUAGUGGGUAUGUGCUCACUUGUCAUGCUUACCCUACUUCUGAUGUCAUCAUUGAGACUCACAAGGAGGAGGAGAUUGUGUAAUUUAGUUUCGUGGUAAUGUCGUGUCGGAUAUUUGGAUACUCUGUCAUGUUUUGUUUGAGUUAUGUAUUUCAUUUCUAAUGGAGGGUGAAAUUGUAAUGUUUAAUUCUCGGACUCAGAUUAUAUAUAUAUGAAAUUAAUAACAUAUUAUCUUGUUGAA